AUGAGAUGGCGACGCUCCCCGCGCCGCCCGGGCAGUGCCGGCCCCCGGGCCCCGCGCCCCGGCCCCGGCCCCGGCCCCGCCGCCCGCUCGCCGCCGCCGCUGCUGCCGCUGCUGCCGCUGCUGCUGCUGUGCGCCGCGGCCCUGGCGCCGGGGGCGGCCGCCGGCGACGAGGCGGCUCCCGCGGGGGCCUCGGUGUGCUACUCGUCCCCGCCCAGCGUGGGCUCGGUGCAGGAGCUGGCUCAGCGCGCCGCGGUGGUGAUCGAGGGAAAGGUGCACCCGCCGCGGCGGCAGCAGGGGGCACUCGACAGGACGGCGGCGGCGGCGGCGGGCGAGGCGGGGGCGGCGGCAGGGGCAGGGGCAGGGGCAGGGGCGCGGGCGCGGGGCGCCGAGCGCGAGCCGCCCGCCCGGCCCGGAGCGCGGGGGCCGCCCGGCCCGGACCCGCUGCCCGCCGCCAACGGGACCGAGCCCUCCCGGCCCAGCGCCCUGGCGCCCCGCGCGGGCGAGCCCGGAGACGACGAGGCGCCCUAUCUGGUGAAGGUGCACCAGGUGUGGGCGGUGAAAGCCGGGGGCUUGAAGAAGGACUCGCUGCUCACCGUGCGCCUGGGGGCCUGGGGCCACCCCGCCUUCCCCUCCUGCGGGCGGCUCAAGGAGGACAGCAGGUACAUCUUCUUCAUGGAGCCGGAUGCCAACAGCAGCAGCCGCGCGCCGGCCGCCUUCCGAGCCUCUUUCCCCCCUCUCGAGACGGGCCGCAACCUCAAGAAGGAGGUCAGCCGGGUGCUGUGCAAGCGGUGCGCUUUGCCUCCCCGAUUGAAAGAGAUGAGAAGCCAGGAGUCUGCUGCAGGCUCUAAACUAGUGCUUCGGUGUGAGACCAGUUCUGAAUACUCCUCUCUCAAAUUCAAAUGGUUCAAGAACGGGAAUGAAUUAAACCGAAAGAACAAGCCACAAAACAUCAAGAUACAAAAAAAGCCAGGGAAGUCAGAACUUCGCAUUAGCAAAGCAUCACUGGCUGAUUCUGGAGAAUAUAUGUGCAAAGUGACCAGCAAAUUAGGAAAUGACAGUGCCUCUGCCAAUAUCACCAUCGUGGAUUCAAAUGACAUCAUCACUGGCAUGCCAGCCUCAACUGAAAGAGCAUAUGUGUCUUCAGAGUCUCCCAUUAGAAUAUCAGUAUCAACAGAAGGAGCAAAUACUUCUUCAUCUACAUCUACAUCUACAACCGGAACAAGCCAUCUUGUAAAAUGUGCGGAGAAGGAGAAAACUUUCUGUGUGAAUGGAGGCGAGUGCUUCAUGGUGAAAGACCUUUCAAACCCCUCAAGAUACUUGUGCAAGUGCCCAAAUGAGUUUACUGGUGAUCGCUGCCAAAACUACGUAAUGGCCAGCUUCUACAAGCAUCUUGGGAUUGAAUUUAUGGAAGCGGAGGAGCUCUACCAGAAGAGAGUGCUGACCAUCACUGGCAUCUGCAUCGCUCUGCUUGUGGUCGGCAUCAUGUGUGUGGUGGCCUACUGCAAAACCAAGAAACAACGGAAAAAGCUUCAUGACCGGCUUCGGCAGAGUCUUCGGUCUGAACGCAACAACAUGGUGAACAUAGCAAACGGGCCUCACCACCCCAACCCGCCCCCCGAGAACGUCCAGCUGGUGAAUCAAUAUGUAUCUAAAAAUGUCAUCUCUAGUGAACAUAUUGUUGAGAGAGAAGCGGAAACAUCUUUUUCCACCAGUCACUAUACCUCAACAGCUCACCACUCCACCACCGUCACCCAGACUCCUAGUCACAGCUGGAGCAAUGGGCACACAGAAAGCAUCAUUUCGGAAAGCCACUCUGUAAUCAUGAUGUCAUCAGUAGAAAACAGUAGGCACAGCAGCCCCUCUGGGGGCCCAAGAGGACGACUCAAUGGCUUGGGAGGCCCUCGCGAAUGUAACAGCUUCCUCAGGCAUGCCAGAGAAACCCCUGACUCCUACCGAGACUCUCCUCAUAGUGAAAGGUAUGUGUCAGCAAUGACCACCCCGGCUCGUAUGUCACCUGUAGAUUUCCACACGCCAAGCUCCCCCAAAUCUCCCCCUUCGGAAACGUCUCCACCUGUGUCCAGCACGACGGUGUCCAUGCCCUCCAUGGCAGUCAGCCCCUUUGUGGAAGAAGAGAGACCUCUACUUCUUGUGACUCCACCACGGCUGCGGGAGAAGUAUGACCACCACUCUCAACAGUUCAACUCCUACCACCAUAACCCCGCACAUGAGAGCAACAGCCUGCCCCCUAGCCCCUUGAGGAUAGUGGAGGAUGAGGAGUAUGAAACCACCCAGGAGUACGAGCCAGCUCAAGAGCCUGUUAAGAAACUCACCAGUAGCCGGAGGGCCAAAAGAACCAAGCCCAAUGGCCACAUUGCCAACAGGUUGGAAAUGGACAGCAACGCAAGUGCUGAGGGCACUAACUCAGAGAGCGAAACAGAAGAUGAGAGAGUAGGGGAAGAUACACCCUUCCUGGGCAUUCAGAACCCCCUGGCGGCCAGUCUGGAGGCAGCACCUGCCUUCCGCCUGGCGGACAGCAGGACUAACCCAGCAGGCCGCUUCUCGACGCAGGAAGAAUUGCAGGCCAGGCUGUCUAGUGUAAUCGCUAACCAAGACCCUAUCGCUGUAUAAAACCUAAAUAAACACAUAGAUUCACCUGUAAAACUUUAUUUUAUAUAAUAAAGUAUUCCACCUUAAAUUAAACAAUUUAUUUUAUUUUAGCAGUUCUGCAAAUAGAAAACAGGAAAAAAAACUUUUAUAAAUUAAAUAUAUGUAUGUAAAAAUGUGUUAUGUGCCAUAUGUAGCAAUUUUUUACAGUAUUUCAAAACGAGAAAGAUAUCAAUGGUGCCUUUAUGUUCUGUUAUGUUGAGAGCAAGUUUUGUACAGUUACUGUGAUUGCUUUUCCACCGUAUUUCAGCAAAACCUCCCAUUUAUUCAGUUUUCGCUGGCUUCUCGUGCAUUGCAUUAUGAUGUUGACGGGAUGUAUGAUUUGCAAGACUUGCAACUGUCCCUCUGUUUGCUUAUAGUAGCACCCGAUCAGUACGUCUUAUAAUGGCACAUCCAUCCAAAUACUCUUCUCUUUUGUACGAAGUUUUCUUUUGCUUUCAGUAUAUGAAAUGAGUUGUGUCUACUCUGCCAGCCAAAGGUUUGCUUCAUUGGGCUCUGAGAUAAUAGUAGAUCCAACAGCAUGCUACUAUUAAUUACAGCAGGAAACUGCAUUAAGUAAUGUUAAAUAUUAGGAAGAAAGUAAUAUUGUGAUUUUUUUAAAAAAAAACUAUAUUCUUAAUCAGAAGACAGCUUGCUCUUACUAAAAAAGAGCUACCAUUUGCUUUGUUUGGGUUUAUUUUUCUUGACAAAGAGCAACAGUUUGGGGGACAGCAGAGAAAACGAGUUCCGACUUGCUAUCAGGGUAAAUCCAUCACCUUAUAAAAGAACUCCACCUCACUUUCUGGGGGAAUGACACAGCAGGUCAUCUAGUUGAAAAAUCAAACCAUAGCUGAAAGAGGUGCAAUCAUUCCUGACUUGUGUUUUUCACUGAUUUUGGAGCAAACGAUUGGUUGUGUCUUAUCAGCUCAAGAACAGACAUGUUAUGGCACACUUAGCGAUUUGUCUGCAAUACUUCUGCAGUGAAAUAUGCCUGCCGUGUGUGGUGGUGACUAGUCAUCACAGGGAAGUAGUUCUGUUGUAGAAUGAGUUCUGUCUAGAAGGAGUGAAUGUAUAUAGAAGGCAUAGGUUUGGAGAAGAGCUGUGUGACUUAGUUGCAAUUUCAAACAGUUUUGUUGACCACUCCUUUCUCCUCAUGAUUUUUCUCUUGUUUUUCAAUGUGCCUCGAUCAGGUCUAACCAUGCAUUUUUGUCAGGAAUGGCCAACGUGCAUGUGAUUUGUGAUUAGCAAGAGCCUUCCACAAGUGACAAUUUAUCAGGGAAUGUUGAUAGCGUUGGAAAGUUUGCAUCUUUACUUGCAGAAGUGACCCCAUCUGUGUACUGACCUCUUAAUCCGCAGACUGUAUCAUCUAUUUCCCCCCUUCCUUACCUUUUGCUUUACUGUCACAAAACAGGAUGAAGAUGGGUCUAAACUUCGCAUGUUCUCUGUUAAGUCCAAGGAAGGCCAAUAGGUGUUAACAUUUGGAACAAAUGCUAAUUCCGGAAAGUAAGGGGAUUUAAAAAAAAAAAAAAAAAAAGCAGGCCCCAUUUCAUGCCCUGCCUGAGAUCUGUCAAAUCAGGCUAAAACUUUACUGAUUCCCAGUGGCUUCCUGGGAUCCAUGGGACAAAAUGGGAAACAGGUUGUCAGGGGCUUCAAAAUACCAGGCGUGAAGUCAGCGAGAGCAACUGUUUCUUGUUUGCAGGUGAACUGGAUUAGAUUCUUCACCAAAUUUCUAUGUUAAAAUUCAUGGGAAGAAGUGACAUGCAGGCAGUUCUUGGGAAAAUGCAGGCUGGGCAUGAGUCAUGUCAUUAAGCUCCUUUUCUGUUUCUACAACCUGCAGAGGUGUGUGUUUGCAGGUCCUUGAAAUUACUCUGAAUAUUUGGUAUCCUAAACCAUCCUUCCUUAUUCACAUGCCACUUCUCUGUGCUCUUGGUUCUGUAGAAUUAAGUAAGCUUAUGGCAGGGGGAAGAAGGCAAUCAACCCAAAGAGGUUCUUUAAAUUAUGCUAAUAUUACUUGGAAGGCCUUGGCUCAUUCAGAGACUAUGUCAAUAAAGAACUUUCUACCAUUAAUGAAAAGUCUAAAAUUUCUGUUUCAAAAUUCUUUAGGUAUUGGAGUAUUCAGAUGCCCUAUUGUGGAGAAUUUCAGGAAUAAAUGAAAUCUUCUGCUGAGAGCAACCAACGCUUUCCUCAGUAUGAAAAUCGCUAUGCAUUUUCCGGUUGCAAAUAUAUAUGAACAUUUAGGACAAGAGGAAAUUUUAUUUCCAGCUUGAUUCUGGUCAUUCAGAGAGGUGGCAUAUUAGCUGGGGCAGCCUUUUCACCUAUAGAACAAGAGCUUGCCUUGGUAAGAAAGGCAAGCUGCCCCCUCAGGGCACUUGAGGCCACUACUGCCACCAGCUUUGCGAUGCCUAGUUGCCAUAUGGCUCUCUCAACCAUCGCUGUCUAUAAACCCAGGCAGUGUAGUGGCAAUCCAAGAAGGAGCGUGAACCAAUGCUCCCAGCAUGGGGCAAGCUUUCAGGGGUUUUCAGGGAGUGGAAAUUGCCCAGAAGUUGGACAACAACUUUGUUUCCAGAGUCUGAAAUCAUAUCCCACUGAGGGAUAGCGCAGUAUACGCGGAACUUCUUUUUCUCACUCGAGAUUCCUUUUCUCCCUUCUUGCCUGGUAUGACUUUUUGUUUGUUUUUUUCAAGAGUGCCUGGACAGCCUCAUGCUUUCUACAAAAUGGCACUCUGCCUGAGUCUAUGUGAAUGUGUCCCAAACACCAACAGACCAUAUCUUCCUUGUUUAAGUGUGACUGUCUUGAUAUAGAUGGAGUUUAUCCAGGGUAACUUGCUCAUAAUUAUUCCUUUUUUUGGCCUGAGUUAAAAGGUGCAUGGCUCACAUUGGUGAAAAUAAGGAAGGCCUGGUUUUAUCUUUUAGUACUGGCUCCAUUCCACCACCCACAGAGAUUUCUAUCUGCAAAGACCCGUGAAACACUGCAGAGAAAUGUGGGCAAGAGGAAAUGGCCACAUAUCACGAGUUCUAUUAUAUAUUCUUUUGUAAAUACACAUUGUACGUUACUUGGAUGUUUUCCUAAAUCAUUUACUGUCUUUAUGAGUUAAUGUCAGUUUCUGACUCUCUCAACUUACCAUGUAACAUUGUAAAUAACAUAAUGUCCUUUAUUAUUUAUAUUUAAGCAUCUAACAUAGAGUUGUUUUCAUAUAAGUUUAAGAUCAAUGUCAAAAAUAUAUGGGUUUUUUUGUUUUUCUUUGCUUUAAAAUUAUGUAUCUUUUCCUUUUUCUUUUUUUUUAAGAAUAAUUUAUUGUUGAGGAGAAAGAAUGUAUAUGUAAUUGAAACUAUUUGAAGAAUGCACAUUUGAAGGCCCCGAGGUACUGAUAAACUAAAGAAUUUAUUAUCCAAAAUACUAAGCAAUAAGUAAUUGUGAUUUAUUUAAAGUUUUGUUCAUCUUCCAUGAAAGACAUACUGCAAUAAAAAUGCUACCCUGUGGAGGCGUGGGAGUGUUGCUCAGCAGACUCAUGUUCAGUCUGUUAGACCAGCACCUUUCAGCUGAUGGCGACAGUUGUAUUAAUGUAGGAAUGUGUUUGAUGGGCCCCGUGAUCAUCUACUCUGUCUGUUGCUUUUGCCACAAUGCCUGUUCUUUCAUCAUCUUCUGCCUGUUGGGUCUGCUUACCACUGCCUUCCAUGUCAAAGGGCCUGCAAGCAAGCACUAUGAUGUCUUCUUCCCUUUCUCUCACAUCGCCACCCCCCAUAGGCAAUAACAUAUCAGGGAGGACAUUUUAGGGCAUGAUUGCCUGGAUCCUGGCUGUUGACAUGUUCUGUAAUGACUGCAAGAGACUUAUUCAGACUAAUGGAAAUGUCAAUGUGAUGCUCCCCUGCAGUCAUGAAAGGAAAACCUGUUACCAGGGUUUAGGUAAUCUGGUGGCCAGCAGGACCCAAAAGGCAGCCAGUCAGAACCUAUGCUCAGCUUUCAUAUAGCUUCAGUAAAUUUAUUUUCCAUCAGGCCCAGGAUUUAUUGAUUCAGGCCCAGGAUUUAUUGAUUCAGUUUUAAGAGAAGAUAAGGCUAAGUUGGAUUCUUUCCCCUCAUUCUAUCAAUAAAUCAAACUAAAUGCCCAUCUUACUGCUCAGGGAAGGGGCUAUGCAUGAGAUAUUUCCCACAUUCUGAAAUUUAGUCAUAGAAAUGAGGAUAUUACUUUUCUUAUUGAAAUUAGCCUAAACAAAAGCCAUAUUUUAACAAAUAGGUAUUUGCAUGGGUGAUGCUUUUUAUAUAUUUCAAGCAUUUAACUCAUUAUUCUAGAUAAGAUUAGGGCUUCUGAAGUAUAUGAAAUAGAGUUCAACAAUCCUAUGGGGGUACAUAGGGGCCUCCAUUGGAGCUUGAGGGUUCCCUGAUGCUUGCCAUCAAAGUCCACCUCCAUAUACAUGUGUGAUUCCUACUACCUAGCAAUAGCUCCACUGAUGUCAUUUCCUAAACAGUCUGGAUAUCUAAGAGAUUCAAAUAGUGGCCUUUGACUAUACUAGUUAUUAUUUAUAUUAUGAGUUUUUCAAAACAAUUCAGAAUCCUCAUAUUUGUGAUUUGUGUCAACUUUGGUUUACACAUGCACAUACACAGGUGUGUGCACAUGCACACAUUUACACACACACACACACACACACACACACACAAUUCCUAAUACACCGCUAUCCUGAAGCCAUCACACUGUUCCAUUCAUUCAAUCCAGUCAACCAGCCAUUCAGCAAAUCAGGGAGUGCAUGAAUAUCUAAAAAUUGAAGACUGAAACACUUCCCUGUGUCUUCAAGUUGAAACUGAGGCUUUGUCCACCCCUCAAAUGGAAAAUUACAAGCAGCUAUCUUAGUAGCUUAGGUUAAAGUCAGAUACCUAACAUAUAUUGAUAAUUGAGGCAGAAGCCUAUGGGGUGGACUGUGGUACAGAGAACGAAGAAUAUCUAAAUAUCUAGAUUAUUAUUCCAAUUCUCCAUUCACUUCAACAGUAUAGACUGGAAUGUCAAACCCAGGCCUACAUCUUGGCAGCCUAAUAUCUGGGGAAGACAUCAUUAGAUUUCCCUGCUCUCUGCCCUGAAGAUGAAUGACAAAAGGACUUGAUUUCAGGGAUUUGGAGUUCAGUGAGGCAGUUCUGAAAUCUAGAGAUUUAGGAUGCUGGAGGAAGUAGAAUAUUUUGUGACCUCAUGGGAAUAACUUUGUAGUCUAUCUUGGGCUUGCCCUUUCUGACACAGAAUAAAAUAAAUUGAUGGAAACCAUUCCUGCAAAAGAUUGAUCUGGUAGGCAAUGGAAGUGCUUUCCAUUUUUGCAAGACAGGACCAUCCUGCUGCUACAGUAAGCUGCAAUAUUCCUCACCUUUAGAGCAUUGUUGGACAGAGAAGUCAGACCUAAUCCUGCAUGUCCCUGUGGGCUCCUGCUCAGAUCCUGGGACUGUCAUUGUUGGACCUCUCUGGUGAGCUAUUGUGUUUGAGCUUCAAUGAGCUUCAAAACAUCACUUGGCAGGGGGACAGCAGAUGGAUUUUGUUACCUGGAGGAAACCCAUCAUGACCUCCCUGAUCUUCCCAAAGGCAAGCCAGGUGAGGGAGACCAGCAAUUUAUAAGAGGAGACAGAGAAUGGGAUAGUAGUUCCAUCCUUCCCCCCUUCAAAUGUACGUGCUGGGAUAGAAUUUGAUGGAGGAAGCGACUCUCUUCCCACUCCACAACAUAUCAAAGGGGCUAGAGAAUUACUUUCAUAGAUACAAAAAUCUUUAAUAGCUUCUGUAUAGAUUUGCUCAUAGAGAAAUAAUCUAGCAAGCAUAAAUAAUAAUAUUUUAUAAUAUUUUAUGGCUUAACACACUCUUUAUCAUUUAUAAUCCUCUUAAACCCAUGGGAUGUUGGUAUGAUAAAUAAUGAGGAAAUUUUAGGUUCGGGAAAGUAAAAAAUGUUUCCUGAAGCUACACAUGUAGUGAGUUGCAGAGAUUAUAGUUGUACCCAGGUUUUCUGACUACAACUCCUAUUUCUACCCACUGCACUCCUCCCCUUCCCGCUCCAGACUCAAAUAAGGCUGUCCUUUACAGCCUUUUGUUGCAUCAAGACAAGGUACCUCCAAAACCAAGUUUCUGUUUGAAAGAAUAUGAGCUCCUCUGGCUUUGGUUUAGAGUUACUCGAGAACCCAAUUUGCCUGACUCAGUGACUAUGUGCUUUUUUCUAAACAUAGCUUUCUAAGGAAAUGAAGUGUAGUCAUGGGAAUGAGUUCCCAAUUUCGAUGUGUAGGUAGCAUCCUACAGAGAAAAGAGGAGGAGCUUGUAGUCAGCACUGUCCCCACCACUUAGGAGUUUAGCCAGUUUGGACAAUUUUCCCCUCCAUGCUUAUUCCUUGACCACUAAUAUGGGAAUCCAAGCAGCUCUACAAGGCUGUGGUGUGUAAUGAGGAUUGCACUUGAAUACAUGUAAGGAAGCCAUACAUGUUUAGCACAUAGUCAACAUCCAAAUGCUAUCUUCUAUUUGCUUCUUCCUGGUUCAACCCAGGUUCUUAGGUUUUGGAGACUAUAUCUCUUAGUUCCAAAUGACAUAUUUUACAUCAUGCAAACUCAUCCAAUAAACAUGUUUGAUCAUUUCUCCAAUAUUAUGUCAGUAAGCAAAUUAUUCUUUAAUAACAACUGUAUGUUAAGCAGCAUAAUCACUGAACAGCAUUUAAAGUUGUAACUUAAGUUCUUUAUUUUACGUUUGCUUCUUGUGUAGCCACACUGUUUCACAUAAAGUCUGUAAUUUUUAAGGGCUUCUUGCAUGAGUGUUUCAUUAUAAUUUCACAGAAAUAUACUGAAAUAUAACUCUUUGUAGAGUUUUCAGAAUACCAUUUUGAACUUCAUUUCAAAUGUGUAGUAAGACAAGCAAAACAUGAUCCUAAAUUGAUAGGAUGUUUCUGCACAUCCAUUUUCCUUACUUUGCACCCAGGAUAUCCUGAUAUGUUCCUUUUUCUUUUCUUUUUUUCAAAAAAAUAUAAUCUAGGCAAAAUCUGCAUAGUGAUAAAGUGAGAGGAGUCAGGUCUCAAAUUAACUCCUAUGUGGAAAAAACCACAUUGAGUAUGGAUAUUUCUCACCCUUUCCUGGAUAUUUCUCACCUUCUCCUAUUAUCUGUCCAAUAAGUGAUUCUCCAGGUUCCACUUACUCUUUAUGCAUAAAACAGGAUUCUUUUUUAUGAAUAAUUUAUGGAAUGAAGCUUUUUGGAUUCAAUACUUUAAAAUUUCAUCCUACAUUAAGGAUGGUGGGUGACUUAAUCUCAUGAUAUUCAUCAUCAGGCUUGUGGUGUAGUUAAUAUAGUUCUAUUGUUAAUGGUAAGAGAGUCUAAUAUAAUCCCCAUACAUUAUCCUUCAUUUAAAUAAAAUUAUAUGUCAUUGAAAAUAAUCCUAACUCUAGCUCCCUAAUAAGUAAGGAUAUUUCCUUCUUUUUUAAAGAGAUAAGCUAGAUGUAAACUUUGUAACAUGUUAUUAGUUAUCAUCAGAGUUAAGCAAACACUUGUGUUCCAUUCUGUGACUUUCAUUAGGUGGAUCCUUCUUGCCCUAUGCCCGACCUUGAGCCUUUCUCUUCAAGAGGGUUGGGGGCCCCAGGCUGGGCAAGUUUUCUAGAGCACUUCUGGUUUCUCACAGCGAGCCUAAUUUCCAUCUUCUUUGCAUGAAGGGGCUUCAUCAGAAUGUCCUUAAGCAGGUAAUAAGGUAACAAAACAAAUUCCCAUUAUACCCAAGACCCUCUCCACCAUGAAAAGACAGAAAAUGCUGUGUGUCAGAGCCAAUUCCAAGUACCCAGCUUCGUUCCAAUCAUGAAAUGAUUCUGCCCUCCCGCAAGAAUCUCUCUGUAAAGAUCCCAUCCUUCCUUCAAAGUCACCUUGUUUUUGCAAAAUAGAGACCUCCCUUGGUAACUCAGUUUAGAGCCCCCUCAUCCCUGUGUUUUGAAAGACAUGAAAUCACAGGGCAAUAUAACUUCACAUUUGGAACAGAAAUUAGGACUUAAAGUACCUUUUUAAAGCUGAAAAGUUUUUCUUGAUUUGUUGUAGACCCUUGAAAAAAUUUUAGGGCCUAGUCAGAGAGCAUUAUAUCCUUUUCGGUAUUUGCUUGACCAAAAACUCUUUCAUAACAUGAAAAGGUACUAAUUCCCCAUACAUUCUGAAUUCUGUCCUGUUUGUCUGAGGAGUUAGAUCUCUAGCCAUGAGUGUGAGGAAAAGGACCGUGGGCCCUUCCUAUUAAGCUGUUGAUGCACAGUUAAUGGGAUUUAGGGUACCACUCAGUGUCAAACUCAUGUCAGUUAUCCAGCAAAGGAACAGCUAAGGGAAAAUAUCCCUUUGUCUGAUUAGGAGAGCCACAGGUCACCCACCGAGCAAGCCAGAGCCUGAGCAAUAUUCUAGAUUUCUUCCUACACAUCUAACUGGUGACAAUGGUGAUUGUACCACUGACAUGUCAAACAAAUCCAUCCUCUCUCUCAGAGUCCCACCACUUGUACCAUUGGCACUUCUUCCUCUCUCACCAGGCUCCAUUAGCCUUCUAACUGAUCUGCUUCCUUUAGCUCCUCCAGGACAUCUUUCACAUUUUGCUGGAAGUUUCUCUCUAACUCACAAACCUUAUUGCACAUUCUCCUGGUUAUAACUCUUUCAUGGCUCCUCAUGAAGCUUAAUGCCUCAGCUUGUGAUAGGAUGCUCUUCACAGGCUGGCUUCUGCCAAACUCUUGUAGCGCCUCCCAUGUCACCUUUUACACCAUCUUAGAAUUUCCUAUUCUCCAAGUAUGCCACACUAGUGUUUGUCAAACUCUACUCAUUGGCGUACCAACUUCAUGACUAUUACCAUAUUCAUGUACCACCUGUAUUAUUUUUUGCAUAUUGUUUUUUUAAAUUGAUUGCAUUUUUAACUAAAAUAAA